CGAUGACGUCAUAGUCCAUCGGCCAUUUUAUUUCGCAAGUAAACACUGGUUCGCAAUAUAACUAUUGAGUCAGAUUCACGUUGAAAUUUGUUGUUUCUUUUGUCGUUUGGCAGAUUUGCUAUAGAGGCAACUGACUGAAGAUGGGUUGUAUUAUUGGCAGCCUUGCGUGCUGUUUUGGUAGCGCAGCAUGCAGUCUGUGCUGUGCUUGCUGUCCUUCCACCAAGAAUUCGACGGUUACUCGAAUUGCCUAUGCCUUUUUGCUGCUCCUUGGGACUGUGGUAGCAGCCGUUAUGUUGACACCGGGUAUUCGAGAACAACUGGACAAGAUACCAAUGUUGUGUAACCCCACAGGGGGGUAUCAACUCACCCCCAAAAAAGUGUGCGAUGAAGUUGUAGGGUAUCUGGCUGUCUACAGAGUGUGCUUCGCAAUGGCAGCCUUCUUCUUCCUCUUUAUGCUGAUAAUGAUAAAGGUCAACUCCUCGAAGGACCCGAGAUCUGGCUUACAGAAUGGGUUCUGGUUCUUUAAGAUCCUGAUUGUCAUUGGUAUUUGUGUUGGAGCCUUCUUCAUUCCACAAGGAGCCUUUGGCCAAGCAUGGAUGGUGAUUGGGAUGAUUGGAGCCUUCAUCUUCAUUAUUAUCCAGCUGAUUCUGCUCGUGGACUUUGCUCAUGGCUGGGCUGAGAGCUGGGUUGGCAAGUGGGAAGAAACAGGCUCAAGAUGCUACUACAUCGGUCUGCUGUUCUUCACCGGGUUUUUCUACUGUAUUGCCAUAGCCUUGGUGGCAGUUUUCUUCAUAUUCUAUGCCAGUGAUGAGUCUUGCAAGUUACACAAGUUCUUCCUGUCCUUCAACUUGAUCCUGUGUGUGUUCAUCAGCAUCCUUGCUGUGCUGCCCAAAAUCCAGGACUACCAGCCACGUUCCGGCCUCCUGCAGUCAUCCGUCAUCUCCCUGUACACAAUGUACCUCACCUGGUCUGCCAUGACCAACAGCCCAGAGAAGAAGUGUAACCCCAGUUUGAGCUCCCUGAUCCACUACAACAGCACUAUGAACAUCAAUAAUCCCAACAAUGGAACCUUCGACAAGGGAGUGUUUGAUUGGCAGGGUAUCUUGGCUCUUGUUAUCUGGGUUUUUGCAGUUCUCUACGCCAGUGUAAGGACCUCCUCCAACAGCCAGGUGGGGAAGCUGACCAUGUCGGAGAAGACCAUUCUGCAAUCAGACAAUGGUUCGACUGACUCGAAUGCUGAUGAGGAGAAGGGCUCUAAGAAUUGGGACAAUGAGGAAGACAGUGUGGCAUACAGCUACUCCUUCUUCCACCUGAUGAUGUGCCUCGGUGCACUCUAUGUGAUGAUGACCCUCACCAACUGGUUCGAGCCCAGCUCUGACUUUAAGACUCUGAAUGCUAACAUGGCCUCUGUGUGGGUGAAGAUUGCCUCCAGCUGGGUUUGCAUCCUCAUCUAUGUUUGGACCCUCGUCGCCCCCUGUGUCCUCCCCAAUAGAGACUUCAGUUGAACAACUCGCACAGGGCCAUCCUUGUAGUCAUAUCCAAGUCCUUAUGUAUUUAGGUCAGCAGUCGUAAUAUCUAUCACAUUCUCAUUACUGUUGCUAAUUGAGAAUGACUAUUUUAUUUGGUUACAAGGUUUUUCAACUGUUGAUAGUUUAGGAUAAUUUUUAUUGAUCAGCAAUGUCAGAAAAACUUGAUAUUUAUUAUUUUGACAAAAUACUGAUACUCACAGUAAAUAAUUUCCUUUCCUUUGUCAGUUUAUUUUUGUCAAAUAGUUAAUGUAGGCCUGGACAAUACCCAAAUAGUUUAAGUGAGCAUCAGAAGAUAGCUUGAUGGCCACAUUGCUUCUGUCAGUGUCAGUAUGUAUGCCAUGCUGUGAACUGUUAUGACUUGUAUCUAACCGUGUUAAAUGCUAAGUGUUCAGCAGGUGCUUGCAUUGCAAUUGUUCCUGUUACAACUGAAGAGGUAUUUAUAAUCAAAUAUGACUUCAUUUGUAUUUAACCUGGCCUCCCACCUUUGAUGACAAGAUGUCUGUAGAAGGGUAUCUAGGAUCUCAACCAGCGUUUAUUUGUACCCAUGGUAACAAAAGAUUGGAUGUUGUCAGAACCAUGCAUCUGUAACAAGUUUUGAUUUCCUCUUGGCUUUGAUACAACAGUAUAUUCUUUCUUCAUUUUUCAUGUUUUUGAUUUUCUUUAUUAGAAUGGGAUGACCAUCUGCUGUAUAUUUAUCUUUUUGCUAUUUACACCAGUUAUAUGACACCUUAUAUAUCAUUUUCCAACUAAAGACUUUUGGAAGAGGAAGAGUGUGUCAUGGAAGAUAACCAUGAAUGGUUAAAGAAGCACCUGUCAUGUUUGAUGACAUGAUUCUGAGACAAAUGUCUGACUGACAGGUUCACAUGAUAGGGAAAGGAUUUGGCUGAUAUAAGACAAGACCAGUUGUAAAUAUGAAUAUACUUAUGUCAUAAUAGUUUGUUGAAUGUUUUUGUGGUGGCACCUUUAUGUUUGGAUAUAAGACACACACACGUAUGCUAACUAGAUUUAUUCUAGUGGAACCUUUCAUCUGAUUCUUUCCCCAAUGAAGAAUUGUAUCAUUGUUUUACAAUCUUUUAUGUUAUGUUUACACAUGUUUGGAAAUUGUUGUUGGCAUGUUUGUGAUGAACUGCAAACAAACACCCACGAUGCAACUGAUCUGAUGUAUUUUUCUCAAGUUAAGUUAAAGAACUAAAUUGAAAACAUAAAUAAUGUGUGGUUGUACUCAAAAUUAUAUUGUAUCUUUCAUGUACCGGACUAAAAAAUUAGAUAUGACCAUUGAAGGUAAAUGAAUUAUUUGUAUGAAUGUUUAGUUUAUCAUAAAUGUCACAAAUAUGUUUUGAUAUUUGACUUGAGGUACAGAAUUCUCUGUUUGUGUACAUUAACAUUAUAUAUUGUAUGUUAUGUAUUGUGCUGAUCAAACGUGGUGCAAUGUUUGUUUAAUGUACAGUGCUACUCAAACAUCACUAAAAUAUUUUAUACAUGAGCCAACAGUUAAGCAGCAGUCACUGCACAGUCAAGUUUCUGAUUUCCUAAUGCCUUAUUGAUGUUGAUUCCACAGUUAAAAUUACCUCUCUUGAUCCCUGGUAACACCUAAUACUAUUGCAUAUUUUGCAAAUUGAAAUAUAUUGCUUGAAGUUAUGAUUUAAGAGAAAAUUAAAUUAUUAUGAUGAUGUAAAUGUAUAUGUAUUUGUUUGAGUGCUUCAUAUCACAUACUGAAGUUGUUGUAAUGUGAAUUGUCACAUUUUGUGAACUUUUGUGAUUUCAGAAUAAACUGUGUAUGAAAAUAU